AUGGCGGCAAUCAAGAAUCUGGCAGACAAUCUAAAUGCCAGUGUCGCUCGUCUGGAGGCCCAGAACACCGCCAGCAUCGCUCGCCUGGAGGCCCAGAACACUGCCAGUGCCGCUCGCUUGGAGGCUCAAAUCGCCGCCUUGGAGGAUCACGUGGUCCGCGGCUUUGAAGAAUUACAGACACGGGCCUACAAUGAUAUGGCCAAGACCAUGAAUAGCCCGGCUGUCACUCCGGAGUUCCUGCUGUCUCCUCUGUACAGCCAACGCACUGGACUGGAGAUUCCUCGUUGCCCUGCAACUCUUCGCGACCUUCGCCGAUUGAGCCGUAAACCCGGUAUCCUCUGGCUCAACGCUAUCUUCAUCGAUGUAGCCAAUUUAAUUUUGGAUGUCACCCGUGCAGGGGGGUACAUUUCUGAAUCCGUAUGGACGGAGGAAACUCCAGCCAUGUCAGCAUACUCUGAAGAUGCAGAGCGAUUACUGACUGAUGCACUGUGGUAUCUGCUCGACGCGCGACGUUCACAAUUCUUGAUUGGUGGCACUUGCCCGCUCCAGAGAAGAAGAUUGAAUGAGCUGCAGAGAGGAAUAUCUGGCCUCAAUGGCGUCGAGGAUCCAGUCCUUACACGAUGCAUUAACCGGAUAUCUCGAUACUCAGGUAUCAUGAUAGUGACUGUGAGUAUGUUGCCAAUGCAAACUUCUCUCAGGAUUCUGCUCCAUUCUCGUCGCUUGAUCUGUUGA